UCGGGGAAAUAAUAUUCCGAACGGCUCUCCCUAGUUUUCAUUUUGUGCAGACCUGAAAAAACUAUAAAAAGGGAAGGUAGAGAAGAGAGGACAGUAGUGGGAUCGAAUCGCCAAAAGCAAAAGCCCUAGCCCUCCUUUUAACACCGAGCCAGAGCGAGAAUUGAGCUCUUUGCUCACUCUCUCGCUCUGGCUUUUCAAUUCAUCAAUUGCCCACUCUUACAUGCUUCCAUGCCAUGUCGAAAAAGGUUCUUUGCAAGUUCUUUGUACAUGGUGCAUGUCUGAAAGGGGAGUACUGUGAGUUCUCGCAUGAUUGGAAAGAUCCUCCAAAUAAUGUAUGCACAUACUACCAAAAAGGAUUAUGUGCCUAUGGCAGCAGGUGUAGAUAUGAACAUGUUAAAGUUUCUGAACAACCUUCACUUCCAUCUUCGUCAGCUCCAGCUCAACAUCUGCUCUCAGCUUCUCCUCCCACCACUAUCUCUCCUGGAAUGCUAGCAGAUGGUGCAGGACUUCUGUCAGGCAUUUCUUCCGAGUAUUUGGCUUCAGGUGGACCUUUUUACCCUCCCAACCGACCUGUAUGGAGUGAAAAUUCAGGGCGUCAUGAUGUGGCAGAGAUUGAUAACAUUGUCGAGUUGAAGAUAAUUAAUCCAGCUGAUCAAUCAAUUUGCUCUUUUGCUGUUGCUGGUAAUUGUCCACGGGGAAAAAACUGUCCUUAUAUUCAUGGAGAUCUGUGUACAAUCUGUGCCAAGCAUUGCUUGCAUCCUUUCCGGCCUCAAGAAAGAGAGGAGCAUAUAAAAACAUGUGAGAAGAGGCAAAAGCACCUUGAUUUACUGAAGCAUAGUCAAGAAAUAGAGUGCAGUGUGUGUCUUGAACGUGUACUCUCUAAGGCAACUGCAGCAGAGCGGAAGUUUGGGAUCCUUUCUGAGUGUGAUCAUCCAUUUUGUAUAUCAUGUAUCAGGAAUUGGCGUAGUGGUUCUCCUUCGUCUGGGAUUGAUAUCAACUCUACAUUUAGGACCUGCCCUAUAUGCCGGAAGCUUUCAUAUUUUGUCAUUCCAAGUGUCAUUUGGUACUCCACAAAAGAAGAAAAGCAAGAUAUCCUUGACAGCUACAAAGCCAAACUCAGGUCUAUUGACUGCAAGCAUUUUGACUUUGGCAAUGGGACUUGCCCAUUUGGAAUUAGUUGUUUCUACAAGCAUCAAUACUGUGAUGGCCGUCUGGAGGAAGUGGUACUGCGUCAUCUUGAUCAUGAAGAAGGAAGCACAGUGAUUGCUAAAAAUAUUAGGCUCUCGGACUUCCUAAGCAAUUUGAGAAUAAGGUGAACAGUGAAUAUGCUUAUAGUGGUUUCAGGGGUUGAAGUCGGAAACAACUUAUAUUUCUUCCAAGUGGUUACAAGAUUUAUUGCAUUUUGUGAGGAUGUUUUGAAGGACAAGGGAAUCAGUCUCCAGUUGAACCUGUUGAAUGUUGUGUUCUUUGCAGAACUUUAGUGCCUGUUUUAUAGCCUCAGCUUCAGCUUCCAUGUUUGUUGCUAUUCCCAUUUGUUGUGCUUCUGCAUAAACCAAAUCCCCAUUGCUAUCUCUGAUGCAGAAUCCAUAUGAACUGAUCCCAGGAUUGCCUCUGCUUGCCCCAUCUGUAUUACAUUUUAAUCUCCCUGAAGAUAAAUUCUGCAGCCAUGGGAAUCUCUUCCUUGUCAGUUGGUGUAUGAUGUGUUGCACUUGUUGUUUCAAUCUGUAGAAGGUAUUGCUCUAUAAAUAGGCUGCAAUUUUGGUUUUGUCUCAGCAGACCACCAUGCCAUGAUCAUUUGAUGUAGACCAACUCCAUCUGUGGGAAUACCUGCACAAGAAGCAAAAAACUUCCAUAACUUGACAGCUAUGGAAGAUGUUAGAAAUAAGUGAACUACAGUUUCCUCCUUAUGCUCCUCACAGCACCAGCAUCUUGAUGUGCAAAUUCUCCUGGUGAAUUAUGCGUGGGAAUUGAGGUGCAGACAUGGCAUUCCAGACAGGGGACUGCUUGGGUAAUCUCGGAUACAUGUAUGGAACCAUAAAACAAAACCUAUCCCCCAACUAAAAAGUAUAAAAAGAAAAGGAGACAAAAGUGUAUAUGGAUUGUGUAUAUUACAGAUUAAACUAAGUCUACUGCAAUUGUCAAGGACGAUAAUAAUAAAUUAAAGGAGCAGGGAGAUGUUUUUGGUGGUUUCCGGUCA